AUGCUACACAAACACGUCGACAUGGGGAAGGUAAACAGAAAAGUAGCACAGCUGCUGACGUUAUGUUUUGUGGAGUACAAAUUAGCGUGUAAAUCUUUGUAGAACCCCCGCUGCUUGUCCUCUUUAUCACAUCUUUUUGUAUUUUAUAAAAGAUUCGCUGCUGAGGAAACAACUGAUGUCAUAUUUAGGUUGUUUUCCAUUCAUCCAUCCAUUUUCAUCCGCUUAUCCGGAGUCGGGUCAUGGGGGCAGCAGCCUAAGGCAAGAGGCCCAGACUUCCCUCUCCCCAGCCACUUGGGCCAGCUCCUCCGGGGGAAUCCCAAUGCAUUCCCUAGCCAGGUUUGUGACAACAUGGACGGUGACCUGAGUCCACAGGAUAAAAAAGACUUGGACAAAUUCAUCAAGUUCUUUGCGUUAAAGACUGUCCAGGUGAUAGUCCAAGCCCGCCUUGGAGAGAAGAUCUGCACUCGCUCUUCUUCAUCUCCCACUGGCUCUGAUUGGUUUAAUUUGGCCAUCAAAGACAUCCCAGAGGUGACCCAUGAAGCCAAGAAGGCGCUGGCCGGUCAGCUUCCAGGCAUCGGUCGGUCCAUGUGUGUGGAGAUCUCUUUGAAAACGUCAGAGGGCGACUCAAUGGAGUUAGAAACGUGGUGCCUGGAGAUGAAUGAAAAGUGCGAUAAGGACAUCAAGGUGUCGUACACAGUCUACAACCGUCUGUCUGUCCUCCUGAAGUCUCUGCUGGCCAUCGCCAGGGUAACACCUGCCUACAAACUGUCCAGAAAGCAGGGGCAUGACUACGUUAUACUGUACAGGAUCUACUUUGGAGAAGUCCAGCUGGGUGGAUUAGGAGAAGGUUUCCAGACGGUACGGGUCGGAGUUGUCAGCACGCCCGUUGGCACCGUCACGCUCUCGUGCGCUUACCGCACCAACCUGGCGUUCAUGUCUAGCAGGCAGUUUGAAAAGGCUCCGAUCAUGGGGAUCAUCGUGGAUCACUUUGUGGAUCCUCCUGGAACGAACCAGCGGGCAGCCAACAUGGGACAGCCCUGCAACUACAGAGCACCAGAUGAAGAUGAAGGCAUGUUUGCAGGAGUUCAGGACUCACAGGAAGUCUGCACCACCUCCUUCUCCACCUCUCCCCCCUCUCAGUGUGUGUGUACUCUCAGUCCGUCUCCCUCUAAACUGUCCAAGCCCCUCCCCCUGGACAGUCUGCCGCUCCCAAUGGCUCCUGGACUUGUAACUCACAAUCUCUAUGCCUCCAGGCUAUCCUACCAGCCUGCAGCGUUAGGAGGAGCAGCGGAGUUCUGCCAUCCUGCCACCAACGCCAACCAGGCUGGGAGAGAAGGAGGAGUUCUGGUUCCUGCUCAGCCUCCUCACGGCGCUGACGCCCACCUGACGGUAGAACACGCCCCCAACACGCCCAGCAGCAGCGGCGAUGAAGACGGCCUGCUGCAGAGCGGGGAGGGGAGGGGGAGCGUGUCUCCAUCUGACCCGAUGGAGUCUCUCACCGCCUUCACCAGGAAGGUCGGAGCCUUUGUGAAUAAACCCAGCACACAGAUAACAGCAGGAAGUCUGGACCUCCCCUUUGCUGCGUUCGCUCCUCGAGGCCUGGACUCUGAGGACAACGAUCCCAUGGUCCGUCCUCCAGACUCCCCCCAGAGCCAGUCGCCCCUGCAGGCCAGCCUCCACUCUCACUGCUCCGAUGGAUCGGGGCAGCAGGACGACUUUGUCAUGGUCGACUUUCGCCCAGCCUUCUCUAAGGACGACUUGCUGCCGAUGGAUCUGGGGACGUUCUACAGGGAGUUCCAGAACCCUCCACAGUUGGCCAGUCUGUCUCUGAACACCAGCUCCCAGUCCAUGGCCGAUGACCUGGACUCGCUGCCGGAGAAACUGCGCGUCUACGAGAAGAACAUGGACGAGUUUGACGCCUUUGUGGACAUGCUGCAGUAGCGGGAACAGACUCGUGAUUAAAUCAGAACAAACCGGAGACAUCCUCUUGUUCUAUCGUGACAUGUGUUCCACACACACUCACACACACACACAGCUUACAAAUAGUCUUUAUCACUGUAAAUACUCUUUAAUCACAGCAACAGGCUUUUAUUUCCCGUCUGACACAAAUCAUGACUUGUGAAUUGAUCUUAGGAGUUUGUCAUUUUAUCACAACCAUAAAAUCUGAAGGAUUCUUAACAAAAACUCAUCAGAAGUCUCAGUAAAUCAACCUGUCAGUUAACUUGAAUCACACUGAUGCUAGUGGUGGAUGCAGCCUUCCAGAGGUUAAAGCCCUGAUGGACAAACCAGCUUAGACCAGCAUCAACCCAUGCUGGUGUGUUCUGGUUCUGGAUCUGCUUCCAGUGCUCCCAGCUGGUCUGGGACCUAAACCUUCAGGAUUAGCUCAUGUAAGCUGAAGGAGCCCCUCUGUGUGCAGAGCACAGCUUUAAAUGAUCUCAUCAUUCAGGUUUCUGCCUUUCUGGUCCAUGACUCAGUCCAGAGGACUGGACCUGAGCAGCUGGAGGUUUGGUUCAUUAUGCUUUUAGAUGGAUUCUCUCUGCUUGUGUAUAUUAUGUGAAUUUGUAAAGGUUAAAAACAAGUAAGCUAAACAUUUCCAGAUGCUUUUGGACGGACAAAAGCUUUAAUUUAAACAAAUCUGUUGGUGUAGAUGUCCUAAUAAAGCAUGGAGGCUCUGUUUA